AUGUCAGAGAUGGGCGAUGAGGGCUUCUUCACAAUAAAGACUGGUUCGAAUGGCAUUGUGGUUUGGAGCGGGCAGGACUCGAUUUGGAAGAUCAGAUUUUGGCGGUCGAUUUGGAGGGCUUUGGCGGCUUCCUUCGUGGUCGUGGAGAUGAUGCGACCGUCGGGUUCCUUCCAGGUGGCCUUGCGCCGGGAGCCAUCAGUUUGGGUGGCCUUGCGCCGGGAGCUCUUGCUCCGGGAAGCCCUUGGACGCCCUAAACUACAGCUAUUUGGAAGUCCAGUUAUUUAUAUUGGAAGAUCAGAUUUUGGCGGUCGAUUUGGAGGGCUUUGGGUUGGGCGAUGGCGGCUUCGUGGUCGUGGAGAUGAUGCGACCGUCGGGUUCCUUCCAGGUGGCCUUGCGCCGGCAGCCAUCAGUUUGGGUGGCCUUGCGCCAGGAGCUCUUGCUCCGGGAAGCCCUUGGACAGGGGGGGAAAAGGGAGACGUGUUGGGUUGCGCUGAAUUCAUCACCAAACUUGGAAGUUUUCUGAAGGCAGGUCUCUUUCUCUUUGCUUCAGAGAAGUGGCAAAUAUUUGUUCUUAAAAUGAAGGAAGAAGAAAUAAAUAGAUGUCAGAUUCAGGAAUGGUAUCCAAAAUUCAAAUCUGUAUCCAUAAAAACCCAGAUUCAUGAGCUCCCGGAGUCCUUUAUCCAGUACCUUCUUGAUGAUUCUGGUUCAUUCCUUCUGCCUCUGUCCAUUUCAAAUGAUGAUGCCCUGCCGAAAAGAGUUAGUAAGCCCGAAGAGGAAGAAGAUUUCGUAGCGCUGGAAGGGUCUGGAGAUGAAGCUGUAGAACCAUCGCCACCUCCUUCUUUCCCAGAACUGGAAAUGAUGAUUAAAGAAUCCAUUGAAUCCCUUGGGGGUGCUGCAUUUCCCAAGCUUAACUGGAGUGCGCCUAAAGACUCUGCAUGGAUAAGUUCAACUGGGAAUCUCAAAUGCACCACUUUCUCUGAGAUUGCUCUUUUACUGAAGUCGUCUGACUCUCUGGUCCACGAUCUUUCUCGUGCAUAUGAUUUGUGCAGUGACAAGACUGCAUCAAGGCCAUUGAUAUUUUACCUUGCACUUCGCAAGUGGUUCCCUUCACUGCAGCCUCAUAUGGAAUUUCGUUGCUUUGUAUUCAAUUGGAAUCUCGUGGGAAUUUGCCAACGUGAGGUCACUAAUUUUUAUCCUGUUCUUCUUGAGAAAGACGAUUUGAAAAUGAUGAUCAGAGAUUUUUUUGUCGAGAAGGUGAUGGAAAAUUUUGAGUCUGAAAGUUACACAUUUGAUGUUUAUGUCACAAGAGAUGGGCGAGUUAAGCUUUUGGAUUUUAACCCCUGGGGUGGAUUUACCUUGCCAUUAUUGUUUACUUGGGAGGAAUUGGAGGACAAGUUAAAGGAAGAAGGCCAUGAAUUGGAGUUUAGACUUAUAGAGAACCGCUGUGGGAUUCGACCGGGUUUAAAGACUGCAGUUCCUUAUGAUUAUCUGGAUAUGAGCCCAGGUAGUGGUUGGGAUCAGUUCCUAAGGAAGGCUGAUGAAGAAUCAAGGCGGCAGCUAAAAUCUACUGAAGUUGGUUGA